CUCUCGACCUUUUCGUUCUCUCGCCUCAGAGCUCUCAGCUGCUUGCUGUUCGACUCCUGUGCUCACUGGAACUAGCUUCUCAGUCCCUUUCAUUCUUUUGAUAUCACCUUCCAGUCUUUUAUCUCGGUCUUGACUUUGACCACACUUUCGCCUUGACUUCAAACUCAAUCAAACGUUGGCUCAUCGAAACCAUUAUCAUUUACACCAUGUUCUUCACGCUCCUCGCCGCCGUUCUUCCCGCUAGUAUCGCGCUGGCCGUACCCCUGAAAAGGCUCGACACUUCGCAAUAUUGCGGUACGUGGGACACCAUCGACAGUGGAGCGGAAUACGAAGUAUUCCUCGACCAGUGGGGCGCAAGCGGUGCUACCUCUGGCCAGUCCUGCGCGUCGAUCACGUCGUACAGUGAUGGAACGAUUGCAUGGGUAGAUGAUUGGACUUGGACUGGUGGAACGGGCAUCAAAAGUUUCACCAACGUUCAGCUCAACGAUGGUGUGAACCAACAGCUCAGUGCUAUCACCAGCAUGCCCACUACCUGGGAGUGGUCGCAGACUACUGAUGGUGACAUUGUCGCCGACAUUGCCUACGACCUCUUCACUUCGUCUACCUCCGGCGGCGAUGCCGAGAACGAAAUCAUGAUCUGGUUGGCCAACAUCAACGCCGGCCCCAUCUCUUCUUCGUAUGGUUCAGAUGGUUCGCCCACGGCCAUUGCCAGCGAUCUCUCAAUUGCUGGCCAGACCUGGAACCUCUACUCUGGUACCAACGGAGCGAAUGCUGUUUUCUCGUUCUUGCCUUCAUCUGGAGACGAGAUCACCAGUUUCACCGGUGAUGUCAUGGACUUCUUCACUUAUUUGAUUGACAACCAAGGCCUUUCUUCCUCUCAAUUCCUUACCACCGCUCAGGCCGGUACCGAAGCUACCUCUGGCACGGCCACUUUGACCACCUCGAGCUAUAGCCUCUCCAUUUCUUCUUCCUCUAGCGACGUCGCGUCCUCCGUGGGUCUCGCUGUCAGCUCCAGCAGUGCUGCCUCCGCUUCUACUUCCGCCGCCGUGUCGGCUGUUUCUUCUGCUGCUACCUCCGCCUCCGUUUCGUGCCCUGCCGUGACCAGCGUCACCGCAUCCUCAGCCGUCGCCACCUCCGUUGUCACCUCGAAGGCCGCUACAGCUAGCUCAACUUCCACCCAGGCCUCCGCCUCCGCGACCUCUACCUCCACCUCUAGCGCUACUCAGUCGUUGUACGGCCAAUGCGGCGGGCAGGGAUGGACGGGACUUACAACCUGUGUGUCUGGAUCGACCUGUACCGUCAUGAACGACUAUUAUAGUCAGUGCGUUUAAGAAACGGGCAAGUGAAGAGUUACGUCGUGGUGUUGCCUCCAAUACGGGAAUUGCUUCGGUCCUAGUUGUUGUAUGUGCCGAAUGCUGUUAAAUUAUAUGAUCGAUG